AUGAGACAUCUUCCACAUCCAACGGAUGUGUUGGCAACUGUCCGGCUGCAGCUUCAACAAGUUCAGCUUCUGAGGAUGAGAUGCACUACAGAGAUCUCGAACGACGAGGCCAUCGUCACGGUGCCCUCUGACCGGACGCUUCAGGCGUUCAGCCUCGCAGAGCGGAGAGCAUGGUGUCAGCUCCUUGCGGAUGAGGUGACAACCGGCGGUGCAAGCCCGGGCUUCGUGGAGCCAGAGUGCUGGCAGAAGCUUCCCUGGUGGGCGCAGCUGGCGAUCUUGGCGAAGCAGCCGGGGUCUCACCUGGCCGGGUGGUGUGCCAGUUUGCCUCAAAGCUUCGAGGAGAUCCCAAUGAACUGGACGCAAGAUCAGCUGGCCUUGCUGGAGUACUCACCCUUGCUGAGCCAGAUCGAGAAGCAGCGUCAGGAGGUCUCUGCAGCCUUUCUCGAGGCCUCGAACGGAGUUCGCUUCUCCUUCAGCGAGGCGGACUUCACCUGGGCGGUGCAGACCGUCCGCAGCCGGGCCUUCACUGGGCCCUACGAGGGCCGAGGGCCACAGGACCGCGUGGCUCAGUUGGCCUUCAUCGCCGCUUUGCUGGCGGCCAGCACGGGCUUGGGCGUGGUGUCGCUGGAGAACGGCCUCAACGGCGCGCUGGCUGCAGCCGUCGCCAUCCCCCUCAGCGAUUUCUUGGUUGGACAGACGUCCACCUUGAAGAGGCACGUGAUGUGUCCGGUCGUGGACUACUUGAACCACGACAGCUCGGCCGUCUCGGACAUUGCCUACGAGUACUUCGCAGACGCCUUCGCCGUCCGAGUCAAUGGGAGCUUCCAGGAAGGCGAAGAGGUCUGCAUCAACUAUGGUGAGCAACGAAGCAACGACACCUUGUUGCAGUUCUAUGGCUUUGUCGAAAGGGACAAUGCCAACGACACCUACACGAUGGAGAUCCUACAGCACUUGGACGUGGCCACGGAUGCGAUCGUGGAGGCCCGAAGAAUGGGUGGAUCGGUCAAGAUUGAUCCGAUAUGA